AUGCUAAAACCAAAAGCCCUGACACAAGUUCUGAGUCAAGCAUGUUCGGGUGGUGUCCAGAAUACCUUUUAUAGGCUGCUUAGCCAGGAAGGUGCGCUACUUGCUUAUUCCGGCUACGGAGAUAAGGACAAAGAUGCUCGAGUGACUGCAGCAAUUGCGAGUAAUAUAUGGGCUGCAUAUGAAAAACAUGGACGUAAUGCAUUCCGAGAAGAUCGACUACAGUUUGUUCUGCUUGAUUGUGAAUGUGGACAUGUUGCAAUCACCAAGGUGGCUAGUAUAUUGUUAUGUCUGUAUGCAAAAGAACAUGUUGGCCUAGGAUUACUGAAGCAGAAAGCAAUGGCACUGGCGUCUUACCUUGAAGGUCCCUUGAAGCAAAUAGCUGCGGCAUCAUAA